UCUGUAGACGAUUGUUGAUUAUUCUUAUCAAUCAGAAAUAAUAAUUUGGCUGAGUUCCAGCAGACAGUCUCUCGCUAACACUCGAGGCUAAAGCAUGGCCAGUCCUAAUAUAUUGGUUCCGAAAUCAAUCCUUUUGUUGGUGGCCCUUCUGCCUGGUUUUUUGGAAGGAGCCCGCAUCCUGGCCUUGUUACCCAUACCCAGCCAUUCGCACUACUAUCACGCUCUUCCCUACCUAAAAAGCUUGGCCUCUUUGGGCCAUGAAAUUACCUCUGUAAGUCCGUUUCAAUCGAAGGAAUCUGUGAAUAAUAUUCACGACAUUUAUGUUCCGGAGCUAUUCGAAAACAUUGAGGAACUUAUACAUUCUUUAAGCACGGCCAAGAGCACGUGGGCAGACAAUGAAUACAUCAACAACUACAAUCUUGAACUUGUAAAAAAAGUGCUGAACAAUGACGGAGUGCGUCGAGAGAUUCUGAAGCCAGGAAAGGCUCAGUUCGACCUGAUAAUUGCGGAUCUUUGGCGACUAGAUGCUCUCUUUGGCUUGGCAGCCUACUUCGAUGCCCCAAUAAUUGGAAUCGCUUCAUAUGGAACCGACUGGAAGAUUGACGAGCUAGUGGGUAAUGUAUCACCGAUGUCAUACCUCCAGUCCCCGUCCAUUUACUGGCACGAUCUUCAAACCUACGGCGGUCGUCUGGCGCACUUUGUGGAUCGCUCAAUUGCCUGGAUUAAUUGGAAGUGGCGUCAUGAGCAGAAACAUCAGGCCCUGUACAGGAAGUACUUCCCGAAAAUUGCCGACAAGCGGCCUUUGUCGGAGAUAUCCAAAAAUUUCGCCUUGAUUUUGGUAAAUCAACAUUUUACAUUGGCUCCACCACGGCCUUAUGCACCGAACGUAAUCGAGGUGGGAGGUAUGCACAUUAAUCAGGAACCGAAAGCUUUAGCCAAGGACAUAGAGGACUUUAUCCAAGGAGCUGGCGAGGAGGGAGUAAUAUACUUUUCCCUCGGCUCGAAUGUUAGGAGCAAUAAUCUGGCAGAGGAUCGCAAGAAAAUAUUGAUUGAAACCUUCGCCAGUCUGCCACAGCGUAUCCUGUGGAAAUUCGAGGAUGAGGAGUUGCCAGAGAAACCAUCGAAUGUUUUAAUUAGCAAAUGGUUCUCGCAACAGGACAUCCUGGCCCACCCGAAAGUGAAGCUAUUCAUAACACACGGAGGCUUGCAGAGCACCGUGGAAUGUAUUCACCAUGGUAAACCUAUGCUGGGACUGCCAUUCUUCUAUGAUCAGUUCAGGAAUAUGGAGCAUAUCAAACGACAGGGUCAAGGUUUGGUGCUGAACUACAGGGAUAUGACAGGCGAGGAGUUCAAGGACGCCAUCCUGCGCCUGCUGACAGAAAGGAGUUUCGAUAUUUCGGCGAGAACAACUGCUGCCCGAUACCGGGACCAACCCGUGAGUCCUUUGGAAACGGCAAUCUGGUGGACUCACUACGUCCUGCGUCACAAGGGUGCGAAAUAUAUGCGGGUUGCUGGCAGGGAAUUGGACUUCUUCACCUAUCACAGCCUGGAUGUCUUGGGCACUUUUCUACUAGGCUUUUUGCUGGUCCUUGCCAUAGUUGUCUUUUGUGUGAUUAAGUUAGUGAAGAUUGUCCUGCGAAAAAAUAAUAAUACAAAAAAACGAAAGCAGAAGGCUAAUUAAAAUGUUGUUUGGAGCUAUGGCUCUAUAAGUUAUAGUUACAUUUCCCUACAUAAGGACGUGGAUAUUGAAUAUGACAAACAUUUAUAUACAAUUUAAAAACAAUAAAACUAUUCUGCUUCUUUAAAGGA